ACGAUUUUCAAUACGGCCGUGAGUGGCGACGAACCGAUGAAGCGCAACCUUAGCGUCCUCGUCUCUUGUAGAAAUGUGUUCUCGGUUUCAAGUCGGAGAGCCCGCGUGUCCACGAAAGGACAGCGCGUAUCAACUGCCAAUGAGGGAGGCCUCGGCUUCUCGAGCCGCCUUUCUCUUUAGCUUCGAGUCACGACUCAGUUUUCACGGCAACCUCAUCCAGGAACCAUUCGCAGGAUGUCUCGAGGACUGGAACGUGGUGAAAAACGUUAACGCGACAACUCUUUCUUCUUCUUUACGUUGAUCCGGCGCGCGACAACAGGAUUAACAAAGCUGCUCGAACGACGAAUAUGUGACUCGAGGACAGACUCUCGUCCUGAAUGCAACGACUGUCAUCGCGCUGUCAGAACUUUUUUCGGACCAGGCACGACAAGAUGAUACUACUGCCGUUACUAUGGGUUUUGCUGUUGCCUGCGAUCAUGGGUGGCUACGUUCCACCCGGGCCACGGUUCAGAUGUCCGAAAGAGCCCAAGUACAUCUAUCCUUGCGCGUGCGUUCGCGGCAGUGACAGAGGAUUGUACGUCCGUUGCGAGAACACGAAUUUGGCCAGCUUGAGCUUGGCCUUCUCUAAUCUGGGCAACGAGGGCAUGCCGAUCGAGGAGCUCGUUUUGUACAAAUGCAACAUAGGACGUUUUUACGGACCCGCUCUCUAUCCUCUGGACGUUCGAGUGCUGCGAUUCAUCGACACUCCGCUGAGAUUGAUCGAGGAGCACAGUUUCCUCGGCGUAAAUAGAACUCUGCAAGAGCUUUAUGUGAUAAACAGCUCUCUGGAGAAGUUCCCGCGGCAAGCAUUGCAAAUAUUGGGGAAUCUCAGUAUCCUGAGUAUCGCUGGCCAUCGGAUUUCCACUUUACCGGUGGACAGCUUCGCUGACAGUGCUGCAGCCGGGAAAAUUGAAAAGCUGCAGAUGAGUAACGGUACACUGACCUAUUUGCCAGCGGAGGCGUUGACUCCUCUGAAAAAGCUGAAGAGAUUGGAUCUCCAUGAUAACGAGAUUAAGGAGCUGAAGAGGAAUCAGUUUAAAGGUUUGAGGGACACGGAAUACUUGGAUUUGUCUCACAAUCAGAUCAACAAGCUCGAUGGCUCCCACUUGGCUGAUUUGACGAAGAUGGGCUGGUGCAAUCUGUCACACAACGCCAUUGCAGACUUGAAGAGAGGAACAUUCGCGAGAAACUCUCUGCUGAAGGUACUCAAUCUGAGCCAGAAUAAAAUCAGGAAACUCGAUUCGAAUACUUUCCGUGGCAUGCGCUUCUUGAUAAGACUGUAUUUAAGUGACAAUCAGAUAAACGACGUUGGAAGAGGAACCUUCGGUCCUGUUACCAGAAUAGGCACCAUCGAUCUGGCUAGAAAUUUCAUCAAGAAAAUCGACUUUCAAAUGUUCAAUCAACUACAGUUUGCAGAGCUGAUAGACGUGUCCGAAAACUUCGUGACGGUGAUAGAAAAGUUAUCGUUCAAGGAUCUCUACCUGGCGAAGAUCAACUUGUCUCACAACGAGAUAUCAAACAUAGAGCCAGGAGCUUUCGAGAACUGCGUCAACAUCACCGUAUUGGAUCUAAGUCACAACAAGCUGGAGAAUAUUUCCAAACACUCGUUCGACAGUGUAACUUACGCUACGGAGCUUCAACUGAGUUACAAUCAGUUCACCGCCCUUAAUCAGGUGCCGCUGCACAAUAUGACCGGGCUGAAAGUUCUCAACGUGUCGCACAAUUUGAUGCACUCGGUGCCUCGUCAAACGUUCCCGAAACUGUACGAGCUGCACACGAUUGAUCUGUCCUACAACAACCUGACAGAGAUCCACAAUGCCGUAUUUCAGACUUUGUUCAGCCUUCGUUUCUUAAAUCUGUCGCACAAUUCUCUGGAGAAGAUAAAGCCAUCCACGUUUGGCCCGUUGCCAACGCUGUUGGAGUUGGACAUGAGUUAUAAUCAGUUGAACGAUGUUGCACGCGGCAGUUUAACCAGAUUACCAAGCUGCAGGAGCCUGACGGUGAAGAACAAUCGAUUGACGAAGAUAUUCCAGCUACCGAUUUCUCUGAGUAACUUGGAUUUUUCGGAAAAUUGGUUGGAGGAAAUCCCCACGACGGACGUAUGGCCAACGAUGAACGCUCUUCUUUCGCUGGACCUCUCAGGCAAUCGAUUGGCCGAUAAUCUGAAACACGGCAGCUUCGAAAACCUGCUUACCUUGAGGGCUUUGAAUCUACAGUCGAACAACAUAACGAGACCACCUUGGGAAGCACUGAGCACUCUGACCAGCCUGCAGUAUCUUCAUAUGCAGGACAAUCAGCUGACCGAGUUGGGAAAAUCCGCGUUCGGACGUCUUCCGAUAGUGUUCGAGUUGAAUCUAGCUAACAAUCAGAUACAGAACGUGAGCACUCGGGCUUUCGAAGGGUUGCUGCAGCUGUUAACUCUGAAUCUGACGAAUAACAAACUCACGUAUAUACCGAACGAGGCAUUUCAAACUCUCGUCUCUUUGAGAUCUUUGGAUCUCUCUCACAAUAAGCUAGAAAGAUUGGAUAACAAAACUCACGGGCUUUUGGACGAUUGUUUGUCCCUGGAGAGGCUGAAUCUCAGUCACAACAAGAUAUCUUUCGUCACGAAGAAAACGUUUCCAAACGAUCCUUGGGUCCCUUAUCGAUUGAAGGAAGUCGAUCUCUCGUACAAUACUAUGCCGGUCUUAACUCACGAGUUCACUGUAGGAGCGAAGAAGUUCCAGUAUUUGAACGUCAGUCACAAUAACAUUAACGAGAUUCGAAAAUGUGAGUAUAGUUCAAUACAGAUUCCCAAUGUGAUUGGGAAUCUGACAGCGAUACAGACACUGGACCUCUCAUACAAUGAGAUCAGCGACCUCUCAGAACCGGAUAUCUUCGAUCCUCCGACGAAUCUGACUAAUCUGUAUCUGAGUUACAAUCGUCUGACUCACCUGCCCUUGAACAAGAUCCUGCCGUUGCCAAAUUUGAAGAUUUUCGACGUGGAGUCCAACUCGAUCGGAGUGUUCAGCGACACGUUCAUGAACAUCAUAGAAAAUGGCACGAAGCUUCGAUAUCACGGAAACCCACUGCACUGUGAUUGCUACGUGAGGCCCUUGAAAAGAUGGCUGAACACUCACACGGAAGUGCCGAAAGAAUGGUCGAACGUUAGCUGCGAGAGUCCGCAUUUCUUGUCUCACAAAAUUCUGACGGAGGUCACGGAGGACUUGAUGGGAUGUGGCCAGAGGGACGUCAGAGAGUAUCCCGAGUUCGACGUCACCCCAGACGUGAAGUACCGAAACAUCGACAACGAGGAGGACAAGAGUUGGAAGGCGACAUGGUACGUGACGUCGCGAGAAGACAUCGGCGACUUUUACGUGGUGGUUCGAGAGUCCGGUAGUAGCAAAUCCGCGAUCGAGAAGGAUCUCGUCUACAGCGAGAGGUCCUUUAAAAUCCCGGACUUGCAGGACUCUGGGACAAAGUACGAGCUGUGCGUGCUCGCGAGGGACUCGGAGGGCAACGUGAAGCAUUUUCGAAGCUCGCAGUGUCAGAUAUUGGCGCAGAACGGGUUCGACUCGUCCGCGUCGAGGUUCACGGUGAACGUGUUCCUGAUCCUAAUCGCCUUGUCCUUUGGCAUUCUAGCGUGACGCCGGAAGAAAAGAGCGUCGCGACAUCGCGGUAGAGAUCACUCCCCGCGAUUCUUUCUCUUCUCCCACGAUUAACGCAUGUAAAUAACGAUACGAUCGUGAAUCGAUGUCAUGCGGCGUGGAUCGUGGCUGUACAUAGGUUGUGUCUCACCAGUGAGGUACGUAUCGGCAGGACGUUGAACGUCGUGUAUUUAUUUUUGUAAAAAUAUAGUCGCAUAGAGGAGCCGAUCCUAAACGAUUCUCGUUUUUCUCGCUCCGAGCUAGAAAAUACAUUGAAUGACAAAUUUAAUCGAACUUAGGAUUCACGGAAUACCCAC